AUGUACGCUAUGCAUUAUAUCACUGCCACUUCUCUCCUAUCUCUCGGCCUUGCCUCAGCCUACGACAUCCCCGAUAACUUGAAGCAAGUCUACGACAACCACAAGGUCCUAACCCCAUCGGGUAGCUGCAACAACAAACUAGCAGGUGGCUUCACAGACGGAAUCAACGGCGCAGCAACCUUUGCCUACUGCGGCGACAUCAACGGCGCAAUCUACCUCCAUAGCUCAGGAAACGGCGGCCAAUAUGACAACAUGGACGUAGAUUGCGACGGCCUAAACAACAAGGGCGGAGACUGCGGCUCCGACCAGACAGGCCAAGGCGAGACUGCGUUCAAGGAUCAAUUGAGCCAGUUUGGCAUUGAGGAUCUCGAUGCCAACCUGCACCCCUAUGUCGUGUUUGGUAACACCGAUUUCGAUCCGCAGCAGUAUGGGAUGGAGCCGCUGAGUGUUAUGGCUGUUGUUUGUAACAAUCAAGUGUUGUAUGGUAUUUGGGGUGAUACCAAUGGUGCGGACUCGACUGGUGAAGCCUCGAUUUCUUUGGCCCAGAUGUGUUACCCUGAUGACGGGCUCAAUGGUGAUAAUGGGCAUGGUGAUGAUGAUGUUUUGUAUAUUGGGUUCACUGGUCAAGGUGCUGUUUCUGGUAGCAGUGCCAACUGGAAGGCUUCGGAUCGGAAUGCCUUUGAGGAUAGCAUCAAGGAUCUUGGGGACAAGCUGGUCGCCGGUCUCUAG